AUGGUAGAUUACUAUGAAGUUCUAGGAGUGCAGAGAUAUGCUUCAUGUGCAGACAUUAAAAAGGCUUAUCAUAAAGUGGCACUUAAAUGGCACCCUGAUAAAAAUCUAGAAAAUAAAGAAGAAGCGGAGAGAAAAUUCAAAGAAGUAGCUGAAGCGUAUGAGGUAUUAUCAAAUGAUGAAAAACGGGACAUUUAUGAUAAAUAUGGCAAAGAAGGAUUAAAUGGCGAAGGCGGAAGUAAUAUUGAUGAUUCUUUUGAAUAUGGCUUCACAUUCCCUAAGCCAGAUGAUGUCUUUACAGAAAUUUUUGGUGAAAGGGACUCAUUUUUAUGUCUUUUCUUUGAAGACUCACUUGAGGACCUUUUAAAUAGUCCAAGAAGUUCCUAUAGAAGUAGAAACAGAGGUGCAAGAUCCUUUUUCUCUACCUCCCGUGAACAUCCAGUUUUUGAGAGAUUUUAUGAAUAUGACACAAGAUAUACACCAUAUGAUUCACUGGGCCAAGAAGACCUUAAUUUUUUCUCUUCCCUGGCAUUUGAUGACAGUGGGAUGGACAACUACACAUCUUUUACUUCAUAUAAAACUGUUAAUGGCAGAAAGACCAAUACAAGCAGAAUUAUUGAGAAUGAGGAGGAAAGAGAAGGGGAAGAUGAGGGCGAGUUAGGGUCCUUCCUCAUUAUAAACGAUGUGUUAGAUGAAGAGGGCUUUGCAGAGCAUAGGUGGAGAAGACAGUCACUUGACAAUUAUUCACCGAAGUCCUACAGCUCCAAAUAUGUGCCUCAAUACACUUGUGUGGGAAAUGAGCAACGUAUACCGUGGGUCACCAGCAACAAGGAUCCCUCUGUUUUCUCAGCAGGAUUCAAAGAAGGUGGUAAGAGGAAAAAAAAGAAGCAUAAAGAAGUGCACAAGAAGAAGUCAACCAAAAGGAAUCGUUAA